AUGGAUUUUAUGCAGCUGUUGGACACUGCCAAUAAGAAUGCGAAGAGCUUGUCCAAAAAGUUGGACGUUUUGAAAAGUGAGGUCGACAAUGAGAAGCGCGCAGAAUUGAGGCGCAUUGAGGCGGAGAAAAAAGUGAAAAUGGAGUCUCUUAAGCGAAAAAAGGAGACUGUAGUACCGACUGAAGAAGAAAGAAAGUUCACAAUACCGAAACGAAGGAAGGAAUCUGAAGAGGACAAAGCAAAAGUGUUAGCCUAUCUUGCUAAGAAGUCUGAGGAGGAGCGACAAGCUUUGAAGAAAAGACAGGCGGAAAAAGAGAGGUUGAUCCAAUUGCGUCUUCAAGCGCAUGGAGGCAAGGCUCUAAAAAAUAGCGAAAAACUUCGGCUGAGCGCUUUGGACAGCAAGUCAGGUAUGGUCACGACCAUGAACACGUGGACGUCUACAGAAGGCAGAAGUGGAAGGAAGAGGAAGAACAGGACAGGUAGCGACGCAAAUAGGGGAGGAUGUGGUUCAGGCGAAUUGCACAUAAAAAAGAAUAGAGGAAAAGGGGAGCCUUCAAUUUCAUCAUACGAAGUUGUGUCGUUACGAUCUUCU